GGAGGCCGGGUUGUUCGCUCUGUCAGGUUUGCGCGCCCGCCCGCCCGGCCGUGCCGCGAUGUUCCGCCUGCUGCGGCCGGGCCCGCUGCGCCCGCCCGCACUGCCCCGCAGCUUUCUGCACGCCGCUGCCUUCCGCCCCACGGGCAGCGAGCAGCGCUUCGGUCGCCCUCUUCUCUUGCCACCGCCGCCGUGCCGCGUAGCGCUGCGCGCCGCCGCCGGCAGCCCCGCUAAGGAUGCGGGAUCCCCUGAAAAGGCAGCCACAGAUCUCAGUGGUGAAAACAAGAAACUCAACAAAUCUCAGCAGCUGAAACAAGUUUUCAAACAGUAUGGUGCUGUAGGAGUUUCGUUCCAUGUUGGAAUUUCAUUAAUAUCUUUAGGAAUCUUCUACGUGGCUGUGUCAAGCGGUGUGGAUAUGACUCCAGUUCUCUUCAAGCUUGGUUUCAGUGAAUCAUCAUUGCAAUCUAAAAUGGCUGCUGGUACAAGUACGUUUGUGUUGGCAUACGCCAUUCACAAGCUGUUUGCCCCGGUACGGAUCAGCAUCACUGUGGUUUCUGUGCCAUUUGUUGUCCGAUACUGCCGGAAGAUUGGUUUCUUCAAACCUCCUGCUCCAAAGCCAUGAUAAUUUCUUAUUGUCUAUUAUUAUUAGUUAAAUGUUUAAUAUUCAUGUCGCUCUUCAGAUACUCCUUUGAAUUCAUGCUAAUGCUGCCCUUCUCUUGCAUUUCUCUGGCUUAUCCUUUCAGGUAGAUGUGGCAGUGAAAAGUGCUGUCCUCGUCUUCCCCUUUAUAAAAAGCUCUUGAAACAGAGUCUGGUUUCCACUCCCACUGUACAUGUAAAUGCUUUUGACAAUGUGCAGUCUCUUACAGAAUUGUACAGACGUACAAUUUGGGAUCUUUAUUUUCUAGAUUUUUGGAUCAUUAAUGUUUUUCAUGCCAAAAUGCAGUUGCAGUUUAUUACUGUGCAGUUGGGAAAUAGAAUAAGAUUCCUUUCCUAGUAGUAGAAUACUGUUUCUUCCAUGGACCAUGUAAAUAGUUCUAUUGGUAAGUAGAUGUACUGAGGUCUGAGGUGCUAUGAGAGUGUUUCUUUUGUUGCAGAAGGCAUAUGUUAUGAUCCCACUCCUGCAAUCCAACACACAUGCCAAACUAACUUUAAUGAGAGUACCUGUAUGCUUAAUUAUUGCACAGUUAUAAUUGUGGCUGAAAUUAUGGCUCUGAAAUUAUGGCUCCUUUGUGGUGCUUCCAUAUCUCAAGAUUUUGUUGCUUGAAACUAUGCUUUUCUGACCUUCCUAAGGUCUUUUCUCUUCUCCUUUCAGUUUUAAAUGCUAUGGACUCAUACUGAGUCUAGUGAAAUCAUCAUAACCAGAAUUACCUCCUAUGUGAAUGUAUUCCAAAGAUAAAGUGAGAGGCAAAGUAACUGUGGUGUUGAGACCUAGCUUUGUUACUGGGAACAUCUUGUUGGUCUGUGUUGGGGUUUUGUUUUUGUUUUUUAAGCUAGCUGUUAACAUGGGAGCUUUCUGCUCCUGUGGAUGAAUCUCUGAUCCUCACCUGAAGUCCAGACAUAACAGUUCAGAACUUCUCAAAAGCAAUUCUUGUGCUUGUCUGGUAGACUGUUGUGUACCAACUCAAGGUGUAAUUCACUUCCUUAUUUGGGCAGAAUUCCUAUUAAAUUGUAUUUGCAUAUAACCACUUUUCAGUUUACCUAAAAACUGGAUUUCAAAUCUAGGGAUUCAGCUUAACAUCCUGUGCUAAACCUGGGUUUCAGACUUAGGACUGUGCUUCUGUGAGAUGACUGAAGCCACAUCUGAGUCUUUUGGAUCUGUUCUCCCUUCCUCAUCUGUUCUUUUGACACUGUCUGCCUCUGUGUUUGUGCUUAUCACUUAUGCCAUGGUGGCUCUGACACAGUUCUGUUCAUACAGGAAUCUGAACUAAAAUGGCAGAAAACUACUCUGACCAUCAAAGUAUUUUUUUCUUUUGCCAAGUUCUCUUUUUGAAAAGAAAUACUGCUCAAGAGAAGAGGAAAGAAUGAGGCACGUCUUUGCCAUGAGCAGGUUAUUAACACUGCUCAGACAUAACAUUAAAUUGCAUCCUUAGUUAAUCAGUGUGAAUAUUGUAUUUGGUACUGGGACGGAAGCUUAUUGCUGGCUAUCCAAGAGCUAAAAACCUGCAGUGUCUACACAGCAAAGGAAGGGAUACUGUGCAGCCACCACCUCUUUUGUUUUCUGAUCUACUACAGCCUGGGGCUGGAUAGAGAUAACUUUACUCUGCCUGCUUCUUUGAAAAUUAAAGUCUUCCUUUGGCUCUUUUUGCUUCAUUUUCCAAGAAACAUGUUCUUUCCUACACGUUUUCUGGCUGUUCAGGUCAUCGUUCUGUUAUCCAAGGGUAACAAAAAGGAUUCCAUAAUAAUCAAAUAAUGACAGCCUUGUUUUGUUUGAUCAGUGAUUUCUAGCAUGUAGGUCUUGUCCUGAAGGUGAUAAAAGGAGUCAGACUUUUCCUUCCCUGUUCCUAGAGCGUUUCUAUAAAACAAGACUCAUUUAAAGCAAGUGUACCUGGAAGUUAUUAGAGGUACAAGCAGCAUAGAUUUUGUUGUGGUAAUAGAAAAACCCUUCAUUUAAAUUGUGACCUGUAAGAUAAAGAUGGUUGUAUAAACUACUGGCACUUUUAGAUGAGUUUUUGCUAAAUAUUUUACAGUAAUUUGAGAAUAUAUUUUGAAUCCUCGAAUCCUUGCUUGUAAAAGAUCUUUUUUAAAUAGUUUGUAAAAUAGUAAAAGACCUUCCAUGGUUCCUGACAAUGAAAAAAAUAAAUUGCUUUCUUGUAGCAUUUGCUUGAAGUGUUUUUCUGGAAAAUACUUGGUUUGCUGAUUGUCUUGUUUAAUUGGAGGAAUGAGAAAGCACUU